AGAAAUGAGGCUCUUGGAUCAUCUGGUCCAGUUUAAAGAGCCAACUGGGAGCAGUGGGAGCAUCUCUGAGCGAAGAGGAAACAAACCAUUCGAGACGUCAUGAAGAUCUCAGAUCUGCCGCCAAGAUGGACGAAGAGGACAGAGGAGGAAACAGAGCAGAGACCCAACUGUGAUCAGGAAGACGGAACCGGACCAGACCGGACCACAGUCCUCUCUGUAUGAGAUGAUUAAAUCUGUUCUGCAACCACAGCUCCGCAGCUCAUUGCUACCCUCCGCAUUACCAUGACUGACAACCACACCACACUGAAGAAUGGCGACUGUGAGUCAGCGAGACAAGCCAGCGACAUCACCUUCAGCGCAUCUAUCAGCCCCGCCCACGGCCUCCGAAGGAAACGCCUGCUGUGGCAGACCGCGGUCAGGAACAUCAUCGAUCAGCAUAACCUUUACUCUCUGAGGCUCGCCGGAGGACUGGAGAGAGGACGCCACCGCAUCACCGUCACAGAUGCCUACAUUGCCGACAUCAACAGGCAGAUACGAAAUAAAACGUCUCGUGGGAACUUUUGGCAGAAGCGUCGUUCCUCCGCAGCUCGAGUUCAUCCAACGGUGCCAAGGAUUUCUGUUCAGACACAAGUCGGCCAGCGCUUGCUGACUGAUGCUGACUUCUUUGUGUCGUAUGGAUCAACAGUCCGAGGCAUCUUCAUUCCUACGAUGGAGCUAACAUUCAAGUCUGCUGACCUGGAGCUGACCUACCAGCAGUUUUCCUCAGCUCAGAAAAAAACCUCCCUAUUGGUCACCAACCUCAUCGACGUCUUCAUCCGACUGUUCAUCUCUCUGGUGACAUGGCCAACAGGCUGGGGGGGCGUGGCCUGUGAGUGGCUGACCGGCCUGGCGGUCAUUCUCUGGGCGGGGAUCUGUGGGUUGUCUGUGACUAAGCAGGAGGUGAUGGCGUCACCACAGUGGCUCAGGUACCUGUCGGUGGUCACCUGGCUGUCCCAGACUGUCCAGGUGUUGGUGGGUGUUUUCACCUGGGCUGAAACAGAUCAUUCCUGGUACGUGUUCUUCACCCUCUUCUCCACCUACACCCUGCUGCCUCUGCCCCUCCCCUGGUCAAUUACAACAGGGGCGAUAACCUCCAUCCUCCACCUGCUGGUGGAUGUCUGGUGGAACAACAGUAACCAAGUUCUGAUCAGAAGGGUCAUCUCCAAGGCCUUGUUGUACCUUGCAAUGAACACAGCAGGUAUCUUCAUCAACUACCUGUCUGACCGGACACAGCGACAGAGUUUUCUGGAGACCCGUAGGUGUAUUGAAGGACGGGUCCGACUGGAGAGAGAGAACCAAAGACAGGAGCGUUUGGUGAUGUCCAUCUUACCGCGCUUCCUGGUUCUGGAGAUGAUUGCAGACAUGGCCGCGGUGGACGAAUAUCUGCUGCCUCAACAGUUUCACAAAAUUUACAUCCACCACUACAAGGAUGUCAGCAUCCUGUUUGCAGACAUCAUCGGCUUCACGUCUCUCUCUCUGAUUCUUUCGGCUCAGGAACUUGUUAAAACCCUCAAUGAGCUUUUCGGACGCUUCGACCGGCUGGCUGAGGAGCAUCAGUGUUUGAGGAUAAAGAUCCUUGGUGACUGUUACUACUGCGUCUCCGGAGUCCCAGAGCCCCAGCGAGGACACGCCCGCUGCUGCGUGGAGAUGGGCCUCAGCAUGAUCAGCACCAUACGGUCAGAAAACAGACAUCCCCAACAUUUUGCCGCAAAGUGUCUCGGGAGGACACAUGUCUCUCACUGCAGGUAUGUUCGCCGAGAGCUGCAGCAGGAAGUAGACAUGAGGAUUGGCGUCCACUCGGGUUCGGUCCUCUGUGGUGUGUUGGGGCUCCAGAAGUGGCAGUUUGACAUCUGGAGCUGGGAUGUUGACAUCGCCAACAGUCUGGAAGCUGCAGGAGUGCCAGGGCAGGUCCAUAUCUCUCAGGCCACUCUGGACUGUCUUGGCGGGACCUUUGAGACGGAGCAGGGCAACGGCCAGGACCGCAGCGAGUUUCUACGGAAACACAACAUCGAGACAUAUUUGAUCCGCCCGGCGACACGAGAUGAAGCCCAGCCCCCAAGAGCAAGGCGCCCAAGUUAUGAUGAACUGACCACUUGGAGCGCUGAGCUGCCGUUCGGAGACAUCCUGGGGAUGAAUUUUAUCCUGGCUACUUUCACCAACGGUUCCCUGACCCAGUUGCCGAAUCACAUCGCAGCGCAGCGAUCCGGCUCACGGGAAGUGAACAAGAGGAUUCGUCAGGCAAUGGAAGCUCGGAGCAGCGAGCGAAUGAGGAAAGAGCACAUCACCACUUUCACUCAGGUGUUCAAGGAUUCCCAGAUGGAGGGAAAGUAUUCCCAGAUGAGGGAUGAACUCUUCAAGACUAACAUGGUUUGCUCCUUCGUCCUUCUCGUACUGCUGAUGGCCGUCCAGGUGUUGGUUCCUGCCCCGCGGUUGCGUCCAAUGGUGGCUCAGUUCCUUGUCAGUGUCUGCGUUUACCUCCUCCUCCUGCUGCUGACUCUGGGGGAGGAGUUUAAACACUGCCCCGCCCACCUGCAGUCCCUCUGCUGCUGGGUUCAUGAAACCAAGUACGCGCGAACGGUGCUCAUGCUAACUGCCAUCGCUGUCAACUCCGUGAUUGCCUCUGUGAACAUCCUGUGGUGCGACUGGUCGGAAUCUGUCUUUCCUGAGGCUACAGUGACUCCGCCCCCCUCCAGGUGGUCAGACAUGAACAUCUGUACUCAUCCAGAGUUCAUGGUGCUGAGUGCGGUGGUCGCCAUGGUUACGUGCGCGGUGUUCCUCAGGCUGAACUGCAUGCUGCAGUUGGCCUUCCUGCUGCUGACCGCCGGCCUCUAUGCCUACGUCAUGGAGACGCACAGCUCCCAGCAGCAGUGCCAGAGGGGCGUCUGCCUGGUUCUCAUGAUGAUGUUCGUCCUGGCGGUGCUCUACAACAGCAGACAGCUGGAGGCGAUGGCACGGCUGGACUUCCUGUGGCGCCUGCAGGCAGGGAAGGAGGUGGAGGACAUGAAGGAGCAGCGGGAGCAUAACGAGUGUCUGCUGCUCAACAUCCUGCCGGCUCACGUGGCUCAGCAUUUCCUGGAGAGAGACGCCAACAGCGAGGAGCUCUACUCCGAGUCCUACCAGCGAGUCGGCGUCCUGUUUGCCUCCCUGCCCGAAUUCUCUGACUUCUACGAGCAGAAAGAGCUGGUCCAUCAGCAGGUGGAGUGUCUCCGCCUCCUCAACCACAUCAUCAGUGACUUUGACGAGCUGCUGGAUGAGUGUUUCUUCCAGGAGGUGGAGAAGAUUAAGACCAUCGGCAGCUCCUACAUGGCCGCCUCAGGCCUCUCACCUGACCGACAGGACUGCGAGGACGGCUGGCAUCACCUCAGUGAGCUGGUGCUGUUCGCUCUCGCCAUGGAGGAGACGCUGCGGCAGAUCAACACGCAGACUGGAAACCAGUUCCAGCUCCGAGUCGGCGUCGCUCACGGCCCCGUCAUCGCCGGCGUCAUCGGCGCCACCAAGCCUCAGUACGACAUCUGGGGCGCCACGGUGAACGUGGCCAGCCGGAUGGAGAGCACCGGGGUCAGCGGCAGGAUCCAGGUCCCAGAGUCCACCAGCUGCAUUUUGGUGGAGCGAGGCUUCCUACGGCAGCUCAGAGGGGACAUUUACGUCAAAGGCAUCAGCGAGCGUCACGGAAAGGUUCGGACCUUCUUUGUCAGCAAUCGGGACGAGCGGUCCAGCUUCGCGGAGCGCGGCGGUGGGCGGGGCUUCAGCAUGAACAGGAACACGCUGGGAGCAGUGGUCUACAGUCUGGUUCAGGCCAGGAAGAGGGAGAAGCUGAGGGAGGAGAACGGAGGCUUCCACCUGGUGAAGGCCUCCUGAGCCGCUUCCUCCCUCUGACCUGCA